GCACACACACGAACACGCGAGAAACCAUCUCUGCACUCUUUUUAUUGUCCAAGGUUUCAAAGCGUUUAUUCGGAAGAUAGUACUAUCUGUAAGGCCAACAUUUCGCUCGAUUCGAAUUUCCGUAACGACGAGUUUUCACGUGUUUCGGCGUACUGGCGAGAAGCGUAUCUUCAUUCAGUUUCUUCUCCCCUCCGCGUCGGUAACUUCUCACGCGCUCACUCGUUCCUGUCAUCGUCUGUUUCAACUGUCAUAGUCACUGCACUAACGCCAUCAACCCUUGGACGUUUUCCUUGUUUGCUUUUAGACGGUAAAUAAGAUUCGUUUGUUCCCUGCAUGGGAGGCAUUAAUUCCCGGACUAUGGACAUCGAACAUGAUCGAGGGUUGGCCGCUGUCUUGCAAUACUUGAUACGCAGCGGACAACUACACAUCGUACCCUCGGAUCACGAUGACUCGGACGAAGAAUACGUCGCGAAUUCGCAAUCUCCGAGAUUUACAUCCCAUUUACAUUUAUAUCCAAAUACAUCCAGAUUAGAUAGAAGCGAAAUCAGUCUAGCUACCAAACAGGCCUGUGGAUUUGUAAGCGAUAUCGAUAAGCGCAACAUUUCUGUCACAUCUAUGAUUCAAAGGAGGGCGCUGGGCCCUGGUUUCAGUACCGGAGAAAGAUGCAGAAUAAGCAGUAGUUUCUUGCCAAAUAAAAUGCACCAAGUAGCCAAGUACAGUGCUAAAGCGUUUUGCGGUUCUUACUCCAAAGACGGAAGAUUCUUUUUAACUGCCAGUCAAGAUAAAUUUCUACGCCUCUAUCGAACCCACGACGGAGACUUUUUAGAGUUCAAGACGAUUCUUGCAAGAGACGUCGGAUGGAGUAUCUUGGACACUGCUUUCAGUCCCGAUGGCAACUAUAUCGUCUAUUCCAGUUGGUCGGAAUGUCUAUAUUUGUGUCCUGUUUACGGAGACUCGUGCGCACAAGAAUCGUUGUCUCUGUGUCCGGUGGAUCGAAGGUUUUGCGUAUUUUCUCUUGUCUUUUCUAGCGACGGCCGAGAAAUUCUGGGUGGAGCAAACGACGGUUAUCUCUACGUCUACGACAGAGAAUGUCAUCAACGUGCCUUUAGGAUCGAAGGUCAUAACAAUGAUGUAAAUGCUGUUGUUUUUGCCGACAAUACAUCGCAAAUUCUAUACAGUGCCGGUGACGACGGUCUUUGUAAGGUGUGGGACAGGAGAACGUUGAAUGAAACGGAUCCACAUCCAGUGGGAGUUUUAGCCGGUCACAUGGAUGGCAUAACGUACAUCGAUCCUCGAGGCGACGGCCGAUAUCUCAUCACAAACAGCAAAGAUCAAACGAUCAAACUAUGGGACGUACGUGCGUUUUCGGAUCGCAACGGUGAAUUGAAUACACGCAAAGCUGUCGCGAAUCAAACUUGGGAUUACCGAUGGCAACGAGUACCAAAGCGAAUACAUAAAGCGAAGCAUAUGUUGGAAGGUGACACGAGCAUUAUGACCUAUCGUGGACACUCGGUUCUUCAGACGCUGAUACGUUGUCACUUUUCCCCUUCCUCGAUUACCGGUCAGAGGUACAUAUAUACAGGAUGUGCCGCGGGACGUGUAAUAAUAUACGAUGUUUUAACGGGUCGAAUAGUCAGUACUCUGGUUGGACACAAAGGAUGUGUACGCGACGUCAGUUGGCAUCCGUUUCAUCAAGAGAUCGUUUCAACUUCUUGGGAUGGCGCGAUCGUCAGUUGGCGGUACGCCGGAAAAACAGCCCUCGACAAUUCUGAUUCGGAAGAAGAAAACGACACGGAAUCACCUCCGCGAACUUUAAGACGAAGUCAACGAAUAGCUGCUCAAAGGGCGAAACAUGCGGCAGCCUGUUGAGAAUCGUAGUCAUCUGGCGGGUAACUGGAUCUUCUCGGAAUCAAUUCAGUCUUUUCGUUCCUACGGGGAAGGAGUUAGUGCUCGAUAUUUGUCGACAGGAUAUUUUUGUAUCGAUCAGUGUUGCACAUCGACAUUCAGGAGACUAACUUUCUUCUAUAAGACUGAGUUAUUACUGAUUGCACGCAGGCCUCUGUGGAGUCAACGUCGUGAUACUUUGCCCAUUGUCAUGGCACAUUAUCGAAAUAAGACUUAAAGACCGUUGAAAAUCUGACCAGAACAUAAUUCAUGCUAGAAAACUCAUUUUUGUCGACCCCGAUUUAUUAAUAUCGAACGUUGCUUCCCCUAGCCUCCUCCCUUUCUUUCGCUCUUUACCUUUUUCCUUCCUACCUUGGACAAUUGAUCCGUUGAACAGCAAGGAAAAUUUACGCAAUUGAAAACCGCGAUUCUUCCGUAACCGAAAGGUUACCAAUCUUUUCGUUUCGCGUGCUGCUUCGAUCGAAGGAAAAAGGCGUUCUACGAGUAACAAGAGUAUUAUUUUUGUAACCGUUAGAAAUUUUCAUUCUUGUUUAUUAUCAGGAUCCAUGAGAAAACGUUGAUUCAGUGUAUGCGACACGUUGAUAGCGUUUCGCGAGUAGCGACAGACGAAACCAGGAACGAGGUAAAGAAAGAGAAGAGUUGAGAAAGAUGUCCAUUGUUUCUACGAGACGUAGCUAUGUUUCAAACAGAUUAGAAGUGAAAAUGAUCGUACGUCAAUUUACACGAUGCGUGGUCUAUAAGGUAUCUUUAAGUUUUGCGACCCAAUUCCCAAAAAUGUAUAUACAUAUAUGUACACACACGGGCGCGCGUGUUCGUACACGGACACGGCAAACACGAUUCAUGCACACGCGCGCGCGCGCACGACUCGUACACACACACACACACACACACGCAGACACACACGAAUCCGUGCGCGUAUACUUACGG